AUGUCUGCACUCACAUGUCUUGUUCGAGAUGUGGGCAAGUUUUGCCCUUUAUAUGGGUUAAAAUGGUCCCGUUCCAUUGGGGUUAUUGCUUCUACCAAAAGACAACAGUUUCGCCAUUACAGCAAAUCAAAGCAAUCCAUCAGAAUAGGUUGCUGUUCUGGAUUUUGGGGGGAUACAACUGUUGCAGCUCAACAGCUGAUGUUAAAAGGUAAUCUAGACUAUUUGGUAUCUGAUUACCUCUCGGAGAUAACAAUGUCCUUGCUUACUGCAGCCAAGAGAAAACAUCCGGAUGCUGGUUACUGUCCUGAUUUUCUGCAAGCUAGUGUUGGUCCGUACCUUGAACAUAUCAAGAACAGGGGUGUGAAGAUCAUCAGCAAUGCUGGAGGUGUGAAUCCAGUUGCAUGUGCUGCAGCACUAAACGAUAUGGCAAAACGGAAAGGCGUGGACCUUAAUAUUGCCGUGGUAACAGGAGAUGACAUUACUGCUCGGUUUCAGUGGAAGAUGGAUGACUUUGACCGUUUAGCUGCGGGGAGUUUGGCUGGUCACUUGAUAGAAUGUGGUGCCCAGGCAACUGGUGGUAUCUUCACAGAUUGGCACCUUGUGCCUGACUGGGAUAAUAUAGGAUUCCCUAUUGUUGAGUGCUCAGAAGAUGGCUCCUUUGUACUUACAAAGCCUAAUGAAACUGGCGGGCUGGUUUCCGUGGGAACAGUUGCCGAGCAACUCACAUAUGAGAUUGGAGACCCUAAGAAUUACAUCCUGCCUGAUGUUAUCUGUGAUUUUUCUGAGGUUCAACUUCAGCAAGUUGGUGAUGAUCGAGUGCUGGUACAAGGAGCAAAAGGCAAGCCACCAACACCACAUUACAAAGUGUGUGGAACAUACAUGGCUGGUUAUCGGUCCACUGCAGCUGUUAUGAUUGCUGGACCAAGGGCUGCAGAGAAAGGCAAGAGAACUGUGGAAGCCAUUGUUAAAAGACUGCAGUAUCUGUUGAAGGAAUUGUGGUUCUCAGACUUCAGUAAGGUUGAAGUCCAAGUUGUUGGCACUGAAGAAUAUUAUGGGGACCAAGCUAGGAAAGAUUUAAAUCCAAGAGAGGUGGUAGUGUGGUUUUCAGUGGAGCACACAAAUAGAAAAGCCCUUGAGCUCUUUGCCAGGGAACUUGCUCCUGCAGGGACAGGAAUGGCUCCAGGAUUGACUGGCCUUGCAGGGCGAGGAAGACCAAAGGACUCUCCUAUUUUGAAGCUGUAUUCAUUUCUGCUUCCAAAAACUGAAAUAGAGACUAUUAUAAUGCUAGCAGGAGAAAAUCCAUAUGUGUUUGACCCGCCUCCUGUACCUACCUCCUCUGAGAUUGUAGACACCCCAGAUGUGUCCACAGCUAUGGACCUGCCCAAGGGAACAUGUACAUAUAGACUAGAGGACCUGGCCUACACCAGGAGUGGGGAUAAGGGCAACAAUGCUAAUAUUGGUGUGAUAGCCAGAAAACCGGCAUACCUGCCAUAUAUAAAGCAAGCUUUGACAUCACAAGCUGUAGAAAACUACUUUAAACAUUUAUUUGAACAAGAUGAUGAAGGAAAGAGGGUCCACAGUGAAAUGUAUCCAUCUCUGGGUAAAGCCAUGGGCCAGAUGCUACUUGACUUUAAAAUUGAAAACAUGCCAGAACUGGAUAAAAUAGUCUGAAGAUAACAACAUUGCUGCGAAUGUCCUCACCAAAUGCAAUCAAACAAUGCAAUCAAAACUAUUUUAGCCAGUGGUGCUCCUCAAAGCUGCCUGGAGUAGCUUUGUGGGGUUGAUUAUACAGGGUUGUCUUCAAUGAGCCCUUGGUCUAUGGAGGAGGCACUGGAAUUGACAUUGUGUUCUUUAAAAAUUUUUUCCUAUAGUGAUAUUUCCUGUUUCUGGCAUUACAUGUACAUGUCUGCUGUCUUUUAAAGGUCUUCGGGUGAAAUCUUGUACUAAAUUUUGGAAAAUGGUAGGAGGGAUUCACCAAUGCACAGGGAUUACAAGACUUAUAUUUGAUAAUUUUUUAUCAUGAAAAGUAAUUGAAAUGGCCUAUUCAGUAUUCAUUUACAAAUUAAUUUGUAUGGGGGAAGACUUUGAUCCGUUUCUUGAUAAAAAGGGUUGUCAUAACUAAGAAGAUUGUUGCUAAAGAUUAAUAUUAAUUAUAUUAUAUAAUAUUAAUUAUACUUAUGUACAAAUAAAUUUUAAGGCCGAAUUGUUUUUCAAAAUAGAACAUUGCUUAAU